UCGGUAAGUAUCUCUACCACGUGUAAUGUGCAAUGUUAAUUUCUUCAAAACACCAAACAAAGUUGUUGCCAUAAGCCUACCUAAUUAUUUUUUUGCGUCAUUUAGGUUGCAUCGUGAAAGUUAGUUUCAGUCUGUUAUGGUGUUGCAAACAUAGAUAUAUUAACUAGAUGCCUUGUCCGCGCUGCUGGCCAAUGGAGUCGAACGUCACCACUAAAGGCCAUAUUACCACAGUAAGCUGCUCACCCAUAACAUUGUGUUGGUAGUGGUACACAUACUUUUUAAAUAACCAUAACUUGCUCAAUUUUCAACCGAUUUUCAAACGGUUUGGUUUGUUAUAAACGUGAUGUAGGCUAGUUAUGACUGCAUGCUUUUGAUAGAAUAAUGAAAAAUAGAAUAAUGUUCCAAAAUAGGUACAAUAUUCUAACGUUAAUAACGUUUGUAAUAAACCAAACCGUUUGUAAAUCGGUUGAAAAUUGAGCAAGUUAUGGUUAUUUUAAAAGUACAUGUACCACUACCAACACAAUUUUAUGGGUGAGCAGCACCUUACUGUGGUAAAAUUGCCGCCUAUGGUGACGUUCUAGACCAGCAUUAGGGCGAAAAGUGUAUUUUCCCCUCCGUUUUCCUUGGCUGCGAUUCAGAAAUAUCUCCGUAAAGAUGGACUCAUUGCGAAAACGCAUCGCUGGUACUCCUUUUUAAUGUACAGUUGGUAAUUACAUUUACCCAGGGGCUGUAUUAGAAGCUACAAAAAUAAGGUGUAGGAAAAGCAAGUCGAAUAAUGUUAUACUAGAUACCAUGGAUUGGUCACAAAUAUCAGUCUAGAAAUAGCUGAAAUGUUGUUUAUUACACUACAGGAUUAUUGCCUUUAUUACAACUGAGUUGAAAGACUGAGUGUUGUUUUAUGGUUAAAUCUCGCUUAACUUAAAUUAAGGAAUUUGUCAUUUUUAUACAAUGGUAUUUCUAAUGAUGUUUUUCUUGUUUAUGUUUACAGCAAAACUUAAACAAUGGCAAAGGGCAGUUUAAAAAAGGCAUGCGCUGCAUGUCAGGCCCCCAUAUAUAAUGGCUUUAAAGUAUGCCCCACGUGCAAGGCACCACAGCCGCAAAACUGGACAAGUUUCUAAAUCAGAAAGAUGCAUGGGUGGCCAACACCAAACGUAACCAGGUCACCUCACAUCUUUUCGAUGACGCUGUCAUUCUGGUCGAGAAGAUGAAUGCAUUGGGCUGGAGGCCCAUCCUCCUUCUUGAAUAUCCCAAGAAGGAGGCAAAGAUGGUCCUCCCAGAGGGGCUUAUUUCUGGUGUUGGGGAACAGAAAUGUUUGGAUAAUAUAAAAGAAAUUUACAGCAUAAUUGUAGAAGGAAAGAAAGUGCCAUCAGAUGCCACAAGUAUGCCACAGGGUGAAGGAGAGGCCAUUUUUAUUUUACAUUUCGAGCCCGAAGACCCAAUGAAAAUACAAGAGACUCUCCAUUCAGCCACCCCUACCACCAGCACCAACGAGGGGUUAGAGCUAUGUUCAGCUGGUGUUGAACCUGAGACAGUGGAGACUGUCCUGAUGACAAGCGCUGCCACUGCCACCGACGAGGGUACACAGCCCAAAGAGAGAAAAAGAGUCCCAAGGACAAGAGUGGAGACUGUCCUGAUGACAAGCGCUGCCACUGCCACCGACAAGGGUACACAGCCCAAAAAGAGAAAAAGAGUCCGAAGGACAUAACGGUACAACAAAUACAUCUAAUCUGUAGACUAUAAUAUGAUAAAUUACAUGAUAUGUUUGUUAUUUGAUUUCUGCAUGUAUGUUUACAUUUGGAUUAACAUACCACUAUUUGCUUGUGUCAAACAGUUUCUAAAAAAGAAAAGGAUUGCCCCGACAACAGCCAGAAGCUGCACCGGUAAGACCAGUAAGAAAGAUGACGGUUAUUUUAAUACACAUACAAUUGCAAAGAAUACAAUGGUUGAUGUACCAAUACUGUUUAAUCACUUUUUUUAGUUUAUAAUCGCACUGCAAAAUAAUGUAUCAGUGAUCCUACCAGAUAUGGAUCACUGAUUGGACCACAAAUUGAUUCUGGGAUAAUGUAUAGAACGCCGGUCAUUGUCAGGAAAAUAAGCCCUGACAGGGCGAACAGGACACCGACGCGCAGCGGAGGUGUCUUGCUUCUCCCCGAAGGGGCUUAUUUUCGUUAAUGACCGGCGAUGAUCUCUACAUAUCCCGCUUAUUACACGGCUACUUGCCAAAACAAAAAAUAACUUCACAUUGUGUGUCUUUUUACAAUUUAUUUGUUACCAGCAUUCACAGUGUUGAUCAGCAGAGAAAUAGUCCGCCAAAGACGUUGACGUCGCUUAGCAACC